AUGGCAGAUGAUAUCAUUCUGGAACCGAAGUUAAUCGCAAGGGAGUAUCUGCGAAAGUGGUUCACACUGGAUAUUAUCUCAUCUCUACCACUUGAUUACAUCCUUCUGGCCUUUGACAACGGCACCGAGCAAAUUGCACAAGCUGGUCAGGCGCUAAAAAUCUUUAGGCUUGCUAAAUUGCUUAGCCUUUUGCGCCUCUUUCGUUUGUCUCGACUUUUGCGAUAUGUUGGUGAAUGGGAAAAGGUAAGUCCAGGCUACCAGAUGCUACUCAUGUUUGUCGUGUUUCAUUUUUUCCAACACGCAGCUGGACAGAAAUUAUCAUCAUUAUCUGUAGGUUUUUGA